GUGACGGUCAUUGUCUUAUACCAUGGCUACACUCAUGCAGAGCUCAAGUCCAGUCUCCAAUUAUCCUUCAACGCCUAGCAGAUCCUCAUAUUACUCUUCCCUGAGUUAUCAGCCUAUAAACUCUUCGCCUCUGGCUUCACCGUCCCUAAAAUCUUCUCUAGUCUCGGCUCAGGCCCGGCGACGUUCGCAAUAUAAGCCCACGACCCCCCGUUUCCGCAAUACAUCUUCAAAUACAUCAAGGGGAUCAAACCCACUACCUCCUUGUGAAUUGGGCCAGGAAGAUCCGCAAAGAUCUUUCUUGAGAGAACGGUUCAAAGUGAGGUGUUUUGAGCGUGCACAGAGACAGAGAGAACGAGUCGUUCAAGGGAAGCGGAGAAGCAGCGAUGCUAGUAGUGACCUGCUGGAUGAGGGUGGAAUGGACUGCGAAGAAGAAGAGGAAGAUGACAUGGUUAUGCAAGACGAGCUAUUUAGACGGAUUAUGUCGAAUGCGAACCACAAACGGCGACACUCAUAUCGUCUUUCUUACUCCCAUGAUGUUGGCUCCUCAUUUGAUCCUGACAUGGAAGAUGUUAGCCACUGGGAAGAUGAGUUGAGAGAAUGUCCACCUGACAUUGUGGAUGAAGUCACACCUGAGGACUUGGAAAGCGAGGAAUUGGCGGUGUAUGCUGAAGAAUAUGCGGCGCUCGCGGAUUUCGCAGAUUUAGAUGCCAAUGUUGAAGACUUUUUCCUCAGUGACGUUGAAGAUGGGUCACUAGAGCCCCCGAAUUUAAAAGGAGCCAAUGGCGAUGUCUUUGACGAUCAAUGUAUGGACAUGACGUGAAAGUCUAGUGGAGUGUUUGUCCUAUGUUGAAUAGAUGAUAUGUAUCCUCUUUAUCCUUUAUUUGUAUAUGUGAGUUCUGUAUCAUUAUUAUCUCCAGUAAUCAAAAGGAUGUACAUGCAAUAUAACCUUCAUUUCGGUU